GUUCCAUCGCGGUCAAUGGGGCAGUGCGGCGCCCCAUGCGCCCAGCCGCCCACGUCGCAGAAGUCGAUCAAGGGGAGAGUGUCUGGGAUGGUGUCGCGUCUUCCCAACGGCGCCAAUCCGCACACCUUUCGCGGCAGGCACAGACGAUUAGUCACCCUCACAGGACCGUCACCGCGACUUUUGACGGGCUGUAAAACAUUCACAGAUCUCGCCUUCCGUCUCGUUCGCCCUGUCCAUCCUCGACUCCCCUCAUCUAUUGCAGGCCUUGAUUCCACAUUAAUCGCCAGACCUCGGAAUCUUGAGCAUCCGGCGCGGAAUUUCUUGCUGCAACCCUGCAACCAUGUGUCCUUUCACCACAUUGCCUCCAAGCGAAGGGCCCAAUCGCUUCUCACCCACAUCUGUCAAAGACUGGCAGCCAAGGAGGAAGUCUGUGUCCAAUGCCUGCGAGCGAUGCCGGCGGAGGAAGAUUCGGUGCGACGGCGACACGCCGUGCGCCACAUGUAAACGAUUCUCAUUACAAUGUGUGAGAACGCAAAAGCCCAAAGAACUAGUUGCAUCAGAACAUAGAGAAGCACUUGAAGAUCGAAUACACCAGCUCGAGUCACAGCUCGCUGCACAUGUAAAUGCUCCAAUGCACGGGAUGGAAGGCAUCGACGAAACCAUACUGGCGGCGACAUCAGAUUUUAACUGGCAAGACACAGGUCCGCCACCGCCAAUCAAUCUCGGGACGACUUUUGCGAACUCGUUCGAGACAGGCGGCAUGGAUCUUAGCGCAUUUACGCAGAGCAGCAUGCCUAUGAUCGCGAUCAAUCAAUGUGAGCAUGUCCCCAACGUGGCAUCGCCGUCUUCACCAGUACCUUCAUUCUGGUCAGGUACCACACGGGCAUCGUCCCCCGAUAUGCCUCCUACCUCCGUCCCUCCACAAUUCGCCUCGAUUCCACCACACCUUCGCGGAAGCAAACCGAGCACUUCGCCACUAGAACCGCACACGGCGCCGUCUUGGGAGUUCAUGGCCCAACCGCAGUCGGGCCAGAAGACGACCGCACGAAGCCGGACCCAUUCUCGCAACACAUCCAACUCGUCCGCCUCUCUCGAAAGUGAAGAUCAAGCCAUGUCACCGAUACCCGAAGUCGACGACGACCUGCUGCCAUUUGCUGCGUCUACCCCCCAUUUGCCACGCCACGGCGUAUUUGCGCCGAGUCCAGCGCCUGCAUCAACACGCUCGGGUUACACCGACCGGAGCCGUGCCAUCUCUACCACACCACUGCCUAGCCGAUUCGAGGCCGAAACCUUGACAUCCGAAUUCAUGCAGCACAUCAAAUCCCAUUCACCGCAAGCGUACGGCAUGCCCGCCAGCUCUUUCUUGCAGCUUUGUGAAAUGGUCUAUCCGAAUUCACAGAAAGCGUCACCCUCGAUGCUGAUGGCUUCUAUGUCAAUGGCCAGGUUUCACGUCUUCCUCGCAAUGGCCACCGGGAUGAAACUGAGAAUCAAAGACAGCCCAGAAAGCACCAACGCCCUUCUCGAUACCUGCUACGAUCUCGCCAUGCAACAAACUACCACUUCAACAUUUUGGCAGGAAGAUGGUGGCGUCGAAGCAGCUCAGCUACUUGCUGUUUUUGCGGGCAUUCGAAAAACACCCAUCAUCGAUCCCACACCUCUGACGCAUUCAUUUACGUGGUGACAACGUCAUUUACGUCACCCUUCUUUUCUGUACACGCAAUAUAUCCUUCCCAUUCAGUCGCCAGAGACCCUCCCUGGAUAGAUCCCCAUGUAUAUAGUAGAGUUUCACGAAAUAAACGCACACAUUGAUUUUUAUAGCCACAAGCCCCCGGGAGCCUUCAUGAGUUCCGGUUUGAUAUCGAAUAUGGAGCUAGCUAAGUAGGGGCGAGAGCUCCAUAACUUCUCCUGCAAGUAACCUUUCUCGAGCUUGCUAACGGCUGAUUUUCAGAGCCUACAGACAGCGGCGUAACACCAAGGGACGUCUCGCGAUGUAUCGC